CUAUAUAUAUGCCUAAUUUCAACUUGUUGAGUUGAGUGGGUAGAGAUCCUCUCAUAUAUUACAACCACUUUAGUCUAUAUAUAAACAUUUACUCAAUAUAUAUAUUCUUGCCUUAUGCAACUUCCCAGAAAUAUUGGACAUGAUAAUUCUUUAAAAUGUCGACAGAAUUUCUGUGAAAAGAUUUUGAGCCGAAAGUGUUGGAUUCCAGACAUUUUCUUUUGCUUUUGUCUUAAGGAAAAGCAAACAAAGUGUCUGAAACUGAGGAUUUGGAAAGCUUGAGGAAAUAGCAAAGUCAGGCGCUUUGUUGUUUUUUUGUAUCUUAAUAUUUCUUUUUCAGGAUUUGAAGAAGAUCCAUCUAUAGCAAGAAGGGACAUGGCAACAUAUGUUGAACCACCAAAUGGAUUUCAGCAAGCAGGGAAGCAUUAUUACACGAUGUGGCAAACGUUGUUUGAAAUCGAUACCAAAUACAUACCGAUCAAACCAAUAGGCAGAGGAGCGUAUGGGGUCGUGUGUUCUUCUUUUAAUCGUGAAACAAACGAGAAAGUUGCUAUCAAGAAGAUUAAUAAUGUGUUUGGUAACCCAACUGAUGCUGUAAGAACUCUGAGGGAGUUGAAGCUUCUUCGACAUAUUAAGCAUGAAAAUGUGAUUGGGUUAAAAGAUGUCAUGUUUCCAAUUUAUAGAAACAGUUUCAAAGAUGUGUAUCUUGUUUAUGAGUUGAUGGAUACUGAUCUUCAUCAUAUUAUCAAGUCUCCACAACCCCUAUCCAAUGAUCACUGCAAAUUCUUCUUGUUUCAGUUGCUUCGAGGUCUAAAGUAUCUUCACUCUGCCAACGUACUUCACCGAGAUCUUAAGCCUGGAAAUCUCUUAGUCAAUGCAAACUGUGAGCUCAAAAUAUGUGAUUUUGGUCUUGCACGAACUAGCCAGGGUAGUGAACAGUUUAUGACAGAAUAUGUUGUCACACGUUGGUACCGGGCACCCGAGCUUCUCCUUUGUUGUGACAACUAUGGAACCUCAAUAGACGUCUGGUCUGUUGGAUGCAUAUUUGCUGAAAUUCUGGGUAGGAAACCGCUUUUCCCAGGGACUGAAUGCCUCAGCCAGCUGAAACUAAUAAUCAACUUUUUAGGAAGCCAAAACGAUGACGAUAUUACCUUUAUUGAUAACACAAAAGCUAGAAGGUACAUUAAAACGCUUCCGUUCACUAGAGGGAUAUCUCUUUCUUCUUUAUACCCUUUUGCCGAUCCUUUAGCUCUAGACUUGCUAAAAAGGAUGCUUGUAUUUGACCCGACAAAAAGGAUUACUGUGACUGAGGCUUUGCACCACCCCUAUAUGGCGGGCUUGUUUGACCCCAGUCAAAAUCCGCCAGCCAGUGUGCCUAUAAAUUUGGACUUUGAUGAAAAUAUGAACGAAGAAAUGAUCAGAGAGGAGAUGUUGAGGGAAAUGUUACAUUAUCAUCCUGAAGCUGCUGCAUAUCCGAUGAUGAUUCAAAGAUAGCCAUGGGCUAACUCUAUAUAUAGAAAGACUUGUCAGUUUUGUUUACUGAACUAUAUUAAGGCAUCCAUAAACAUUGUGGUAUUCAAAUGUUUUGGUUUUUGUUCCAAUUUGGAUUCUACAUAUCUAUAUUACGAUAUGGGUUUUACUCGUGACGGCCCUAUAGUUUGUCAUUA